AUGUCAGGCCACCCAAUAAUCGAAGAAUUCGACGACGACUUCGACCUUCCCCUCCCCUCCCGUCCCCUCCCCAACACCGGCACCCACGGCGCCAUCCUCGAAGAAAUCUCCUCCUCCAACUCCUCCUCCAACGCGGACGAUGACGACACGGAUGCUAGCCCGGGGUUCUCGAGAGGUCAGGGGCAGAAUGUGUUGGAGAGUUGGUAUGAGGCGCAGCAGAGUACGGCGGGGCCUGCGACGGGGAGGACGGCUGGGGGUGCUGGGAUGGGUGGGAUGGGUGGGGCAGGAGGGUUGGGAGGGUUGGGAGGGACAGGAGGGAUGGGUGGGGGCGUGGGGGAUAUGAGGAGCGAGUAUGCGAAGGGGGCGGAGGCGACGGAUAUUUCGAUUUAUAAGAAAUGGACAUGCAUCUACCCCAUCUACAUCGACGCCAAACAGCCCUACGGAACCGGCACCCGUCGCCUCCCGCGCGAAAAAUCCGUCUGGUGGCCCCUUUCCAAAGACAUCGCCGAGGCCGCCUCGCGGCUCUCGCUCUCCGCUCUCCAUGAAGUCCACAAGCGCCACCCGAGGGACUGGGAUAAUCCUGGGCGGGUGAGGGUGCAGUGGAAGAUGGAGGGGAGGUUGUUGAAUCCGGGGAUUAGGACGAAGAAACAACUACUCGAACGGAUCUCUCAAGUCAUCCAACGUCUCAAACCCGACGUCGUCCCGCACGCACCAUACACUUAUACUCUAACACCCGAUCUCACCACCACCACCUCCCCAACCUCCACCCCCGCCUCCAAACCCACCCCCUCCAAAUCCUCCGGCAAAUCGAAAGCCACUCCAUCCUCCACCUCCAAACCCUCUUCCUCUUCCACCAAGUCAGUGUCAGCUUCCCAGAAACAGAAGAAACAGCAGCAACAAAAAUCCCCAUCCCACUCCCUCCCCCUCCCCCCUCACCCCCUCCCCCACCUCACCACCCGCCUCUCGCCUUACUCCCCCGCCCAACCUUCCGGCGUGCUCAUCGAUACGAUCAAGGCGGGCCUUAGUGCGGAGGCGGAGGGGGCUGCGGCUGGGACGCCUGGGACGCCGGGGGUGGGUGCGGCGGGAGGACAGGCAGCGGGGAAGGGGAAGAGGAAGGUCGUUAGGGUUAGGCAGUAG